AUGAAUAUUGCAGUGAACAAUGUGGAAGAAAAAGCUGUCCAUUCCUGGUCAAGAAUUUCCUCUGCAGGACAGAAAGUGCUGGAGGAAGCCCUCCGAGUCUUCAACCCCAUGUCCAAGGACCUUUCAGACACAGAGACCCAGCUGGUGGCCUUCAUUCAGAGCCUGAAGGAGGAGGGCUACCAGCCCACCAUUCUGAGGAGUAAGGAUGUGUACGGGUACAGCUCGUGCACGGCAGACACACCAACUCACACAAAGGAGAGCAGCCCACAGCACUGUGCCAACACCACGAAGAGUCCAGCCAGAAACACCACAGCCGCGGCAAAGGUGUCUGCUGAGCGCACCAGCGUUCCAGUGAGCUCUCUGAAAGUCUCCACUCAACCUGUCCCGAAAGGGGAUUCCACAAAUCUCCUCUUGAGCUCCUUGAAGCAGACAAAAUCCAGCACAUCCAAGGCUGCAGCAGUGGGCUUCCCUACAAACAUGUAUCCUGACGUGUAUCCAGCCAUGAGACUGUCAGUGGUUCUGGAAGCUCUGGUGCCGCUGAAAGCCACCGCAUCCUGUUUGGAGUCCAAGUACACACGAGGGCGUCUUGGGAUCUCGCCCUCGGAUCUUCAACUCCUCAAGGCUCCGAGUCCCCCGAGGAAGUUUCCUUCAGGCAAAGCAACUAAACUAACCGAGGGUAAGGGCUACAAGCAUUUGAUAAAGAAAGCACCGGAUUCUGCCACCCUGGCUUUAAAUCUCCUGAAGGGACCAAAGGGUGGAGUGCUGCAGGAGAGCAACGCUUGCAAAGCCUCGGGAGUCCUCAAUGGGAGAGUCACAGGCAGCUCAUCGCAGGGCUGCACCACAGCACCACAGGCCAAGACCUUGAAAAUCAAAGAUAAGGAGGCUCUGGUGGGGAAAACAGAGUGGAAGGACAGCAGCUCUUACCGGGAGAGCACUGGGCAGAAGAAGAGAAGAGCCACAGAGGCGAGGGAAGCACCGCAGAGGAAGAAAGCAAAUACCAUUCCUGCCCGAAACAAACCUCGACAGGCUCAGAGCACUUUGAACCUGCUGAAAUUCCGGGCCAUCAAGGUGGGCAACUCUUCCUCUGACGAGGAAGUGAGGAGGAGAGCACAGAAGAUUCUUAGGGUCAACCUGUCCCCGGUGAUCCGAAUUCAGCCCUUGUCCCACGCUCACAGCGUCCCCUGA